UCUCUACUUUCAUGGUUAUGCGAUGAUUGGGACACGUCAAUAUGUUAUUUGAUUAUUUCUUUCAAUUUCAACAAAUGUGACGAAACUUCUUCCGUAUUUCCGUAGCGUUGUGUGUUUAAUUUAGUUUUGUUUAAAAAAAUAAUUUAUCACUAACUGGUACUAUGCGGUGGUUGUCGAGUAUUUUGUGUCUCCUGGUGAUUCUUCAUUGCUCAUAUGCACCGCCAGUGACUCCGGACAAGUCCAAUGAGCAGGACAGUGAAGUGAAGGAUGACUUGGAGGAGUACAUGGAAUAUCACAGGUAUUUGAAAGAAGUUGUCCAAGCUCUCGAAAGUGAUCCUGACUUCAGGGAACGCUUAGAAAAAGCUGACGAAGAAGAUGUUCGGUCUGGAAAAAUUGCCGAACAAUUGGACUUCGUGAACCAUAAUGUCAGGACUAAAUUGGAUGAAAUCAAACGUCGUGAGCUGGACAGGCUCCGUCAUUUGGCAACCAAGCAAUUCGAAUUGACAAAUAACUUGGAACAACACACAGGCAAGGUCGCUACUAACGAACAUUUAGAUCACAACAACCCACACACAUUUGAAAUUGAGGAUUUGAAGAAACUAAUCAAGAAGACUACUGCUGACUUAGAGGCUGCCGAUAAGAAACGGAAGGAGGAAUUUAAGGAAUAUGAAAUGCAAAAGAAAUUCGAUGAACAUCAGAAAGUAGAAGGCAUGGAAGAAGCUCAGAAGAAAGAAUAUAUGGAGAAACUUAAACAAGAGGAAGAGGCUAUCAAGCAUCACAAGCCUCUACACCACCCCGUGACAAAGGAUCAAUUGUUAGAGAUAUGGAAAAACGCCGACAAAAUGGAUUCAAAAGAUUUCAACCCAAAGGUGUUUUUCAUGAUGCAUGAUGUUGACGGAAAUGGCGUUUGGGACGCUGAUGAAGUAAAAGCUCUUUUCAUUAAGGAGUUAGACAAAUUGUACGGCCCAGGAGGUCCAAACAAGGACUUGCAUGAAAGAGCUGAAGAGAUGGAAAGAAUGCGAGAGCACGUGUUUAAGGAAAACGAUAGGAACCGCGACGGACUGAUCGAUUUCAACGAGUUCAUGACCGAGACUCAGAAGGCGGAGUUUAACCAGGAUGAAGGAUGGAAAACUCUUGAAGAAAACCAAAUUUACACUCAAUCUGAGUAUGAUGAGUACGAGAGGAGGCGCCUUGAAGAGAUGAGAUAUCUACAACAGCGUGGCUUGGUUGACGCUCAUGGCCAACCCAUCCCCGGAGCCCAGCAUCAAAUUCACCAAGCGCUGCAACAGUACCGCGCUUACCAACACCAGCAAGCUUACCAACAGCAGAUGCAACAACAACAAUUCUACCCCCCUGGCCAGGCCCCGCAAGGUCAAGUGCCCCAAGGACAGGUCCCUAACUACCAACAGCAGUACCAGCAGGGACAACCACAAUAUCAUGGACAGUACCCGCAGCAACCUCAGGGACAAUUCCAACAGCCGCCUCAGGGACAAUUCCAGCAACCUCCCCAAGGUCAAUUCCAGCAACCGCCUCAAGGACAGUUCCAGCAACCUCUCCAGGGACAAUAUCAACAGCCUCCGCAAGGGCAAUUCCAACAGCCUCCCCAAGGGCAAUUCCAACAGCCUCCCCAAGGGCAAUUCCAGCAGCCUCCCCAAGGUCAACAACCUCAAGGACAGCAACCUUCUCAAGGCCAGACACAAGGUCAAGCACCGCCACAGAAUAAUGUGAACCAGGGCCAAGUUCCAGUUCAGCAACAGCAGUCGACGACAGGACAAGUUCAGCAGGGUCAAGGACAAGCCCCACAGGUUCAAGGACAGGCUCAACAGGGAGCUCAGGCACCACAAAGUCAAAACCCACCCCAAGCACAAAACCCGCCAGCUAAUGCACAAAACGUAGGAGUUAAUCAUUAGAUUUUACCAAUUUGACUCGAUGUAUUAUUAUUAUUUUUUAUCAUCAUGAAUUUAUCUUAAUGACAUAUUGACUAUAUUUAUAUAUUUUUUUUAACAUAAUUCACAAAUGAGUGCCAAAUUCAUCUCACGCUUGUUUUUAUUUAAUUAUGUUUCCCGAAAAUGCUCGUUUUUAUUAUUUAUUAGCUGUUCUGACCUAGACAGAAUUAUGUAAAUUAGGUAAUUAAGUAGUUAAAUAAAAAAUAGCAAGCCA